GAAGCCCUGUCUCAAGUGUAAACAAAUCCAUGUGGGUACUCUGGGUCUGGGGGGCAGUCUGAACCUGGCAGACGGCAGCUGAGGUACUGGCAGUCCCUUAAUCCCUCGCCUUGUGAUGUUCUUUAUGUACUGGUGUGAACUAUAAACAAAGAACAUGAGGAACAACAGCAGUUUUGACGGUCAAGAAGAAGAAUCUGCCGAAAUAUUAGAGCAGGUAGUGAAGGAUGCCUCACGCUACACUGCCAUGAAGACGCCAGGCUCCCUCCAGCCUUCCCACCUGUUCCCUCCUUUCUCUGGGGAACUAGUGCUUCUUACAGUUCCUGAUACUAUGAAUCCACUUGAUUUGAUCAACUCAGAGGUGACGAUUGGAGGACGGAAGGACAGCUUGGUGGUGGCUGCAGGACAGAGGUAUAGAAUGGCCACAUUCCCAGCAGACACUGAAAAUACCAACCUCCCCAGUCUUUUCCUUCCUGAUCACAAUGGGCAUCUAAGCAAAGUUACUGCUGAGAUCAAGGCUUGUUUGGUAGUGAAAGGAGAAUUAGAGGAGAGGGAAGAAGAUGACAAGAAUUGUGUGGAUAUUGAAGCUCUUCGUUCUGUCCACUAUAAAGCUCCAAAAGACCUGCCAAGACGGGAUUUCUUUACCAAAACCAAAACAAGGGAAGUGAUGCAAGUAGAAAAACCAGAGAAAAGAAAGAAGAAAAAUACCAGUGGCAACCUAUCUACUAGUUUGGACAGCUCACUACAAUCAAACGGAGACCUUCAGAGUCCAAGGAAGAAGAAGAAAACCAAACAUUUGCCACAGAUUGCAAAUGAAGCAACAGAAAAUUCACCUGAUGCUGAAGAAUUGAAAUAUCCUGAGAAAAAGAUUAAGAAAGAACAUUUUGAAUCUGAUAGUGGAAAUAUAAACUCUUUAUCUUUUAAAGGAAAGAAAAAAAGCAAAGAAAAACAUGUGUAAGAUUUUAAUAGGUAAUGAAUUUCUCUCCACAUAGUAUAAAUACAAAAGGUUAUUGUUUUUUUCAGGGGAAAUGAAGAAAUUUUUGCAUGAAUGAUGCCAAAUCAUAACAUACAUUAUGUGGCGUGCAGUAUUGUGAUGUGCAUGCUUUAUGAUGUGCAGUAUCUACACAUGUGACAUGCAUAAGAAAAGAAAAUAAUAAAAUUAAUCUAAAUAGAAAA